AUGACGGAGAUCAACGGCCGACCGCAGCAGGCGUCGGGGUGGGCUGAGGUUGACGGCGGAAGCUGGCCGGCGCAAUCGGGUCCGGUCCUGGGUGGCUAUGGAGGUUUGGCUGGGGGAGGACGCACGGAAGGGAGCUGCGGGGAGAGAGGAGAGACUGGGGGAGAAGGGAGAGAGAAUUGGGGUUUAAAAAUUCUGACUUUUCAAAAUUACCAUUUUGCCCCUUGA